UAGUUCAUCAAGUACCAGUCUUUCUUCUUUCGAAUUCCCGCAAGAUGAUUAGCUAUCACGUCUUAUAUUUCUCAUGAUGGGUCAUAACUGAUCUCGCCCGCGUCCAUCACAAUUUACAUUGAAACUAAUGAUUUUUGGAGUUGAACGGGUAUCCUGAAAUAUACUAAGAAACAUAAUAAUAGCAUGACAAUUUUUUACUUUACAGAUACUGUACUUGAAGCUACACAAUGGCAGCACUAGAAUGCACUGGUUCUAUAAUCCUCUGUUUUCUAGCCAAUUUUCUGCCCCUGAACCUCAACUAUCAGUCAUCCUCUGAUCUCCAUUCACCCCAAUUAAUCACCAAUGGAGAACGCUAUGACUUCAUCAUUGUUGGAGGGGGUGCUGCAGGUUCCGUGUUAGCCAACAGGUUGUCUGAAGUGACAGACUGGAAGGUGCUGCUCUUGGAAGCAGGUGGAGAGGAGCCCGACUUGGCUGACGUACCCGCAUUCCAACCGUUCACGACAAACUCCCACCUGAAUUGGUAUUAUGAGAGUGUGCCAGACAGCAGGUUCUGUGGCGGGAAAUCGUGCGCCUUUACGACCGGCAAGGGAUUGGGCGGGAGCAGUCUGCACAACGAGAUGAUGUACAGCAGAGGAAAUAGGCGCAUCUUCGACAUGUGGGAGAAAAUGGGGAAUUCAGGUUGGGCAUUUAAAGAUGUUCUGCCACAUUUUAAGAAAUGGGAAAACAACUCUGAUCCUUCUAUUGCUCAAGACACAGAAUACCACAAUAUUGGAGGUCCCCAAAAUGUUGGCUGGUUCCCAUACCAGGACAGGAAUGUGCAGCCAUUACUGGAAGCAUUUCAGGAAGUGGGUUAUCAGGAGGUAGACUUUAACGGAAGGAAUCAAACUGGUGUGAUGCGGGCACAAUUCUUCCAAAAAAAUGGUGCACGACAGAGUUCUAAUCACGCGUAUAUAAAGCCGGUCAGAAACGUAAGAUCAAACCUCAAAGUAAUCACAAAUGUCAGGGUUACAAAGGUUUUAAUUAAUCCAGUAACCAAACUAACAAAGGGCGUGGAGUAUGUCUGGGAACAUAAUAAAGACAGGAAAGGAAAAGUUUUUGCUAAUAAAGAGGUCAUUAUCAGCUGUGGGGCAAUCAAUUCACCACAGUUACUCAUGCUUUCUGGAAUUGGUCCUAAGAGAACACUAAGGUCACUUGGAAUUCGAGUGAUGCAGGAUUUGAAUGUGGGCUACAACUUUCAGACCAGCAUUAAAAGUGGUGGCAUUGACUUAAUAUUGCCAGAUUCACAGGCAAUGAUGCCAAGUGACGAAGAUGUUCUCCAAGGGAUUCUUGAAUAUUAUAAAAAUCGCCAAGGACCCCUAUCUGCCGAAGGGUCAUAUCAGGUUACAGCAUAUAUCCCUUCUCGUUAUGCUAGUCCAUUUGAAGAUUUGCCUGAUCUUCAGUUUGGCCUUCUUCCAAAAAUUACGUUCCUUGACGCAACUAAGCCUGACCAAGAAUGGCCUCACAUUAUUCCUUAUUCAUAUUAUAAUAGAAUAUCUGUGCAGCCAUACGAUGUUCGUCCAAAUAGCUACGGAUAUAUCACCAUCAACACCACAGAUCCUUUUAGCCCACCUUUAAUAUAUCCAAAUUUUUUCUCAGCUGAAGAAGAUCUCAAUGUCCUCAUCGACGGAUAUAAUUUUAUUGCAAAAAAAUUAUCAAAAACAAAAGCACUCAAUAAUUUGGGGAUUUUUUUGGAUACAACACCCGUGCCUGAAUGCGCACAUUUUUAUUUUGGCACCGACAGUUAUUGGAAUUGUUUGUCGAGAAUAUACAAUGAAACAUCGCAACGGUAUGGUGGCUCAUGUAAAAUGGGUCCGUCUAGUGAUCGUUCAGCUGUGGUGGAUCCGCACUUGAAAGUGCACGGGUUUAAAAACCUGCGCGUCGUCGAUGCCUCUAUAAUGCCUAUUUAUGUAAAUGCAAACACUUACGCUGUUACACUGAUGAUAGCUGAGAAAGGUGCAAGUAUGAUUAAAGAUGACUGGUUGAAGUAGAAAGCAUUUGGUUGCUUAGAAAAAUAUUUUCUGACAAAGUAUGGCCCUUAUAAUAAUUCAGUCUAGCCUAUGGGACGUUUAUCUUUUAUCAGGGAUCACAAUUACACUGAAGAAAUAUGGGUGGAUAAAUACAAUUUACGGUGCUUAUAUAAAUACAAAAUUUUGGAGUCCUUUCUAUUUGUAUAUUCUGUUUAUAUUUGCGAUACGAGAAAAUUGUAUGAAGCUCACUUCAGUGUAGUUUAACAUGGGCUGUAACAUCUUGAGAACACAUAGAUGUGUGUGUGCACGUACACAUGCCUAUGCACGUGUAAGAUUAUUCUGAACUCGUCAUAAUGUUUUUAGGCUUAGUUUAUGGAACCCCCAUAUAGGUAUAAUAAAAGUUAUAUUAAAAGUUCAUUUAAUUUAGUCUUUAAUGUUAUUUAUAUUAAUUACAAAUUUGUUUACAGACACUGUGAAUAGAUAUGGAAAGUACAAUUAGAAUAAUUAUCUUAUAUCUGUAAUAUAUUUAUUUAUUUCCGUCAAUACACAAACUUAGUUGUUAAAAUUGGUGUUAUUAAAGCUAAAACUUUAAAAUUUGGUGCUUAUCAUCGCUAUUACGAUGUUACAAUUUUAGCACUC